CUUCCUCGAUAGGUUGGGACGUUGAAUGUGUUAGUGGACAGCACGUGUUGAAGUUCUAAAUCAAUGAGUCACCAAAACUAACAUCGACAAAUUUCUAUCAUCAGCCUAAGCGUGAGCCACCAUGCCUAAAGUUAAAACAGAAAAAUCGUCUCGUAAUGGCAAAGGAGAAGUUUCGUGCAAAGAAGUUCAAGGCCUCCGUUUUAACACCAAUCUUGGACAACAUAUUCUAAAAAAUCCUAAAAUCGUAGAGAGCAUGGUUGAAAAAGCUGCUCUAAGGUCUACUGAUACAGUUCUGGAAAUUGGUCCUGGAACUGGUAACAUGACAGUCAAACUUCUGGAGAGAUCAAAACGGGUUAUUGCCUGUGAAGUUGACCCUCGGAUGGUGGCUGAAUUACAAAAACGAGUUUUAGGUACAUCCCUACAACCGAAGCUACAUGUUAUGGUUGGGGAUGUUCUAAAAACAGAGUUACCCUUUUUUGAUGUUUGUGUUGCUAAUUUACCUUAUCAAAUUUCAUCCCCCUUUGUCUUCAAAUUGCUGUUACACAGACCAAUGUUUCGGUGUGCAUUGCUCAUGUUUCAAAGAGAGUUUGCCGAAAGACUUAUUGCUAAACCAGGAGAUAAGUUAUAUUGCAGGUUAUCAGUCAAUACCCAGUUGCUUGCCAAAGUUGACCAUGUUCUAAAGGUUGGGAAAAAUAAUUUUCGACCACCACCGAAGGUUGAAUCAAGUGUCGUAAGAAUAGAGCCAAAGAACCCUGCCCCUCCUAUCAAUUUUCGCGAAUGGGAUGGUCUAGUUAGAAUUGGUUUCUUAAGGAAGAACCAGACGAUGAGUGCUCUUUUCAAGCACACUUCCGUGGUCACAGUCCUCGAGAAAAAUUAUCGGACACACGCGUCUUUGCACAAUAUUGCAAUUCCGGAAAAUUUUAGCCUCAAGGACAAAGCUCAGUCGAUUCUCGUUGAAAGUAAAUUUGACCAAAAGCGUGCAAGGACUAUGGAUAUGGAUGACUUCAUUACAUUGCUUCAUGCAUUUAAUAAAGAAGGAAUUCAUUUUGCCUAGUGGUAGAAAAUCGAAGAGAAUGUUAACAACUGUUCAAGUCACGUCAGGGGAACGAAUGGUUCAAGAUUAGACUCCAAUGGGAGAAUAGCAAAAAGCAGCAGUUUCGCUUCCGGCCACGUAGAGUGGAAUUGAUGAGCAUUUCAGUCGCAUUUCCACUCAAGUUUUUCUUUCUUUCUUUCUUCCUUCCUUAAAUUACACCUGCCUGUCCUUUUUCAGACAUGGUUCAACGUCGAGGAACGCGAUUGUAAAAGGCAUCGUUUCACUUUUGACAGAUUGCACUUUGUAGUGUAAACUAACUCAACCGUUUGCAAAGGCGUAUGCUCUCGCCUCGUGACCUAGUUAGAUGGAACGACACAGAGUAGGGCAUAGGGCUCGGGUAGGUUCAGUUAGUGCUAUACAACCUUUUCUAAAAAUCCCUCGUUAAAAUGAUUAAACGAUGUUGAUCGGGAGAUUGGGUUUCGCUCGAUGUCACAUUGCAUCAUGAGUAAUAGAUACAUGCCGGACAUCCGGAGUCUUUCCCGUUUUUUUCUUUUUUCUCUCUCCAAUGGAACAAAUGUGUAUGUGUAUUUUCUUUUGUCAUUUGGGAAAUUGGCAUCGGUAAAUGUAAUACUAUAACGUCA